AUUGCAUCGAAUCGCACGAGAAGAAGAAUUUUGCAAUUGAUUUCUUUCUAUCGCGGAUCCGCUAUUCGGAUGCUAAUCUCUUCACAUCCAACCGCAUCGUUGGAUUGUUUCUAAUGUUAUAUUAAUUAAAGCACUAAUUAAGAAGCACUUAUGUCGCGAGUAUUUUUCGCAUUUUGUUCAUUAUUUUAUCUUUGUCUUAUUUAUUUUUAUUAUCGCUACUCACGAUGUUUCGCCACGUUACUUGUCAAGUUGAGUAAUUCAGGAUUGAUAGAUGAAUAAAAGAAAAAAUCAAAGCAAAAUUUCUCGAAUGAAAUUGAACGAGGUCCGAGAAUUAAUCUUCAGACCUAGCUGAAAUAAUUACGCAAUUAAGUAAAAAUAUCACGGCACCGAGAACAGUAUCCGUCGUCCGGCGAGAGGAUCAAUUAAUUUUAAUGAACCCUCCCCAUCUCCCCUGUCGCUCUUAGAUAUUAUUAUCUUGACUGUAGUACAAAUGAGACGAAUUCAGUCGACGUGAAGUUAAAACGCCGACGUUAGUACGCAAUACUGGCGUGCUCUAGAUAUUUUAGCCGAAUCGAUCCCGGUAGGUGUACAGCGUGCCGUGAAAGUAUGCGAUAGGCCGUAAGCAGCGGCCGACGCGCCACGACGCCGACGUCGCGAGCACGCGAGAUGAACGCGAACUAGUCGAAUAAUUGCGCGACAGCGCGGAUAUCGCGGAGCGGACAGGGCGAUUUCGGAGUCGAAAACGCGACACGACCGCGAUCGAGAAAAGGAACUUCCGCCGCUCCGGGAACGUUUGCGCGAUGUCGUCGCGGCGCGGCAGUGAUUCACUUCACUGAGUAAUCUCGGCCUUCGGAAAAGUUGCAAUCGUACAGACCGGGGGCUUACAUACCGUUGCGCGACUCUAGUUCAGUUAAUGUUAAACGUCGCUGGGUCAUGAUCAAGGAGAAGCCGUCCGUAAGAUAUGAUACUCAAUUUAGAACGGGACUCCGCCGCUUCGUCACGGUUGUUACUGUCAUCGGUGCGUUACCGUUCCGGUAAGGGAAAAUACCGGGACACGCGAAGCGGGAACGAGACGCGAACUCCCUCGCGAAUUACGCGCGUCAAUCGACCCGGUGAGAUUUUCGCGAGUGUUGUUGCGCCCCGCGAAUUCUUACGGCUUCGAAUCGCGCUGACGACCGAUCGACGCCUCGCUCGAGUUACGCGCAGUUGAGAAAAAUCCGAUUUCAGCUGACGUAUGAUAGGAACCUCUCCUGCGGGGCUCGUGACGUGCAACGGUAACGAGUGUCGUGUCGCAGCUGUGUCGGAACGUGAUUCCGUUAAAAACUCUUCUCCGGUGUCGUUCGAAACGGUCGCGUCAUUAAGCAGCACGGAAGAGACGACUGUCCCGGGUUUACGACGGUGAAAAAAAGAGGGAAAAUAGCCGCAGGAACUUUGCGGGCCAGGUCUGAGGUUCUUGAGACUUUCGACUGCGAGGAACGCGAAAUCGAUCGAGCGAGAAACGAGCUUUUCCGAACGAGCUUUCCCGAGGCGUCUCAUGAAACAGAAAUAGACUCUUCGAGACAGUAUCAUCGAUAUCUGAAAGUCCAAAGUUUGGACAAUUGGAUUGUUUCGAUCUUUAAACCUUCCUAUUCGAGGAUUUUCGCAUUAGGAUGCGGCGUUAUCGUCGAUCUCGGUGAUACCCGUCCGAAUAUCGUUUAAACAAUCAAGAGAGAAACUACCAUCAUUACCAUCUGCGAGGGAGGCAAUUCGGAACAGAAGGAUAGCGAGAGGCGGGUGAUAAAACAAUUAUCUCCACGACGACGAUAACGACGUUCGCGUGUUUCGUCGAUUCGUUAUUUGCGUGAAUAUCGCGGGCGACAGUCAAUGAUCGAGAUGGAAAAGGAUUUGAAAUCGGAAGGGUUGAGAGACGGCACGACGAUGUCGAAAAGAAUAUUGAAGACCACUAUGAACGCUAUUGCGCACAAUAACAGUAACGUCUUCAGGACUGCGAGUACCGAACCGCCCGUACCUCCGCCGUCCAACAACAGCAACUACGACACGGGCGCGGACAAGUGGUUGGGUUUAUUUUCUAUUUGCUUCGUGGUCAUGUCGAUCAUAUUCACCAUAUUCUGCUGCUACGUUUACAAGUAUGUUUGCGGGUGUGGCAAAAGAAAAACGAGCGAACCCUCAACGCCCCAAAGGACAUCCGAACCAAACAAUAAUAUGAUGGAGACUGUCAUAUUGGAGCCAACGCAGUGCUCCGAGAUAUCAUACAGCCGGCCGUCUCCUCAUUUGUGUUUCAUGGAGCCGCCACCAACCUACGAGAGUAUCUUCGACCUGCAGACGGUACUCUCACCUCUCGAUAAGAAAGAUAGAUCCGAUAAUUUCAACAUUAUCGCACCGCGCACGGGCAGCUAUUCCGACGAGUUGGAGGCCAACUGGAUCAACAAGCGAGAGUAUAUCCUGAGGGACGACCAAGAGUUGCCAUCCUACGAGGCCGCUCUAAAAUUAGACUCUAACGGCUACGUUUAAGGGAUCCGCGCGAGGAUACGCCGAGGAGGAGACUUCGAUUCGCCCUCACGACUCCUCCGUGAAAAUCGUCGAAUCGCGAACACUCUCAGGGAAGAAUACUGAGAGAAAAAAAUGGUUGGAAUAACUAUCUCACUAUAUUUUAUGGUUCAUUUUGAGCUCAAACAUAUAGUUCAUUUAAACAUGAAGGUAUAACAAAAUGAACACAAAUUUAUAGUUACCAUUUUAUUACUCUAUGUAUAUAGUAAAGGACACUUUGAGAAUAUAGUUACAUGUACCUAUAUUUGCCAAAUGUUCCAAUUGUAUUGACUAUAUAAAAUAAUUAAUUUCUCUUACCAUUCAAUAUUUGUUACCUUACUAUAUUUUUCAAAUAAUUAUAACUCUUGGUAAAAGAACAUGGGUUAGUUAUACUAUGCUUAUAUUGUAAAUAUUACAAACAUUAUGAUGACAUUUACUAUAAAAAUGAUAACUAUAAUCUUAACUAUAAUCUUUUUACUAUACUAUUAUAGUUCAAAAUAUCAUACAUUUUUCUCUCAGUGAAUUUUCGGAAAUAACAUGUAGCGUUCCUUCCUUUUCUCCCAACAUACGAACACUUUUUUAAUGAGCAAUAGUUAUCGACUAGUGGGACUGUAAUUGUUACUAUUAUUCUUUUGACUCACGGGAUGAUCAUUCCUUUGUUACAUAGAAAGUGUAUCGAAUACACGAAGUAGUACCGAUGUAAUUACCAAGUUAUACAUAUGCACACUUAUAAAAUAUAUGUAGAUUAUAUCUGUAUAUUAAAAAAUCACAAGAGGAACGAAAUAUUAACCCCUUUACUGUGGAGUAAGUUUACAGACGUACUCUACUAGAUGGACUCAAACUGUGGAGUACAUCUAUAUACGUACGUGUGUGACAAAAAAUUCAAUAACAGUUAAAUAAAUUAACGGAUCUGCACAACUUGGCACUAGGGAGUUUUAAGGAUCGCUGAAUACAAAUUUGAGGUCAAAGUUUAAAAAUUUUUGAUGGUAGAUUUUGAAGAUCUUUUGGACCUUUUGGAAAUUGAUAAUAGACAAUUGCAGAUACUAAGCACUUAACAAUUUUAUUAUGAUGCUAUUUUAUAUCGUUUCGUUCAAUUUAAAAUAGCGAAAUAAUCGGAAUAAUAAUAUUUUUAUCCCCGCAUUUAGCUGGUGAAUAUUCUUAAAAAUUUACGGCCUCAGAAUGCACCACAUAAAGGUUUGCGAUGGAAUUUUACAUUUCUUAUAUUUUUAUUUUUUAUACUGUAUAUUUUUUAUACUUUUAAAAUUUUCAAUUUUUUUUUAAGUUUUUUCAAAUUUUUGAAACAUGAAUUUGAAUGUAAACGUGAGUCUUCUAAUUUUGAUUUCAAAUUGAUAUUUGAGAGUCUAAAAACCCUGCAAUACCGAAUAUUACAAAAAUCCACCAAUUAUUCGAUAUUUUGAUCCAUCAUAUUGCAUCCGACACUUUUAGUUUUUUAAUUUUGACUUCAAAUUUGUCUUCAGUAAAUUCCCUACUAAGCUUUAAAGAAAUUUAUUAAAUUUUUUGGUAUUUUUUGUCGCCAUAUUGGAUCCGCCAUUUUAAAUUUUCUAAUUUCGAUGUCAGACUCAGCGAUGUCAAAAACAGUUAUAUGGACAAUUUUAUGAAAAUACGUCUGGUAGAAAUGCCCUGCAAAUUUUUGACCCACUUAGUGAUUUUGCUCUCCACGGUGAAGGGGUUAAUAAAAAGCAGAAGAGAUGAAAUGGGAGGAAUAUUGUUGAAUUUUUUACGACGUGGUAACAUCAGCCAAAGAUGCUCCGUGCGACGCGGGGAGCCGAGAUGAAUUUUUAAUUUGGAGAAAAUUGAAGAAGGGAGGAGAUAAGUGCUCGAGUUUAUUUUCCAGGUCGCGAUUCGUGUAUCGCGGCUGAGGGAAAACGGGUAUUUUCGGCGUAACCUUCGAGGAGAGAUGUUGGAAAACUUUAUACUCCACGUGAUUACUGCUCUUGAAUGUAUAUAAGGAUUCGGAAAUAUGAGGAUUCGAAAAUACACGAGUGCCAAAUCGGCCGAAAAGACGGCCGAGAGAAAGGCAGAAGUAAAUGGCAAAGUAAUUAAGUUUGUCUACGAGGUCUGAUUACGGACGAGGUACCGAAAAUACUAUAGAGCUUCAUUCAAUUGCACGCGCAUAUUUUAGACAAAAUGUUCAAGACAGGAUUCGCGUUUAACAAUAGCCGUAAUAAGAUUCGAGUGGAAUUGCUAAACGUGACUGUCACAAUACGGCAUGGGAAUUCCUAAUUGUCAGUGACACACGGCGUACGCACGGCUCGCCGGAUGUAGCGUAAUUCGAUUAGAUUUACACAGAGUAAGCCACAUUUACACUUCCCAAUGGUGUAACGCAGAACUAUGCCACUCGUGUAAGUCCGUUAUCAAUUUAGAUGGUCGCACGACGGUGCGCACACGUUACCGCAGAUAAGCUGAUAUUUAUUGCGUGCGAUUCUUUUCCAUACAGGAUUAUGGUGUGGCGGAAAGAAACGGAUAACGUAACACGAUAACCCGGCAAUAAUUCACCGCGUGUUCGAAAGACCGAAAGAACGAGAAGCACGAAACUGAUGCGAAAAAGUCGUAGACUUAGAGAUAAAAGACACGAUGCGCUUUACAUGGAAAAAAGUUUCAGUUCGUGUAACUGAAUGGGGACCAGACAAAAAACUCGCCGACAAGAAAUGAUUUAUCUCUGCUACUGUGACCAAAAACAUUCGUCUGAACAUUGAGCGUUAAAAUCGCAUCAAGCUGUAUUCUACAUUAAAAUUCGGUUGAGAUAACUGAGAGCAAUUGGCUGAGUAAAAACCUCCUACAGAAAUCUUUCUAUUCCUACAACCGAGUUUUUCAUCUGCUCCCCAGAUAACAGAAAAUUCAGUUACACUAACGGAAUUGUUCUUCCCGUGUACGAGUUUUGCAUUGCAUUGUUGAGUUUUGUAUUUGUAUAUCGUAAAACUAUAUAAUAACUACAAAAUAGUAUAAUAAACUAUAUCCAUUAAUUUUCUACGUACAAAACUCUACGUACACAGAAAAAAAUUUCACUUGGCGCAACCGAAUAGGAACCAACUGAGAAUUAGAUGAUCAGAAGCGAUAUUUCUGUUAUGAAAACUAAUAUUUCUGUUGUCGCAACCGAAAAUAUUCGUCUGAACAUUCAGUG